UGUGAGUGGCGGCGUUGAGCUGUCAAACCGAAAGCAAAAAACCCUAUAUAAACACACAGACACACACACUGAUCAUCACACAGAGAAUCUCAGCCUCUCACUCCGCACUUAACACAGGGAACAGCACUUUUACCUGCACUUUAGACAAAAUGGGAGUCUUCUUCUCUAACCUUUGGUCGCGUCUGUUUGAGAAAAAAGAGAUGAGGCUGCUUAUGGUUGGUCUGGAUGCAGCAGGGAAAACUACAGUCCUCUACAAACUCAAACUCGGGGAAGUUGUCACAACUAUUCCAACUUUAGGUUUUAAUGUGGAGACGGUGGAAUAUAAAAACAUCUCGUUCACUGUGUGGGAUGUCGGCGGUCAAGACAUUAUCAGACGCCUCUGGAGACACUACUAUCAGAACACUAAGGGUCUGAUCUUCGUGGUGGACAGCAGUGAUCGUGACAGGAUUGAAACAGCAGCAGAAGAGCUCAAAAUGAUGCUAGCAGAAGACGAGAUGAGAGAUGCUGUUUUACUGGUUCUGGCUAACAAGCAGGAUUUACCCAAAGCCAUGCCGGCCCAUGAGCUGACAGACAGGCUGGGUUUACAUGCUCUGAGAGGAAGACAGUGGUUUGUUCAGUCCACAUGUGCAGUUCAGGGAUCUGGUUUAUAUGAAGGACUCGACUGGCUCACAGAUCAACUCUCCAAACGAUAAUCCUGGAAAAACUGAAGAAAAUACAGCAAAUCAUCUGUGAACGCAGCUGAAAUACUGUAGGACAUGGGUCUCAAACAUGGGUCUCAAACAAUUUCUGGAGGGCCGCCGUUCUGCACAGCUUUGCUCCAACACUAAUUAGACACACCUGAUCCAACUAAUCAAGAUGUUCACGACUACUCUCAAACACAAUUGCUGCGUCCCAAUUCACAUACUUAUACUACACCCUAAAACUAUGUACUUUUCUUGUGAAGUACACACUUUUGAGUGUGUAACAGAAGAGUAUGCAAGCUUUGGGACAUACUGCUACCUCGUUAACAGAUCGUUGAGUUGCUUAGUUACGAGCCCUGUCAAUCAUCUCAACACAUCGUCCACAUUUCUUUUAUAUUUAAUUUCCUACCUUAAUGGAGAAGCAGCAGCAGCAGCAGCAGCAGCAGGUUAAUCUCCCAUUCACAAGUCUUUCAUGCGGAGAAAUCUCCUCAGGUGUUUGGAUAAUUCUGCAUUCAGACGUUAAUGUCCAAACACGUCUCUAUAUAAGUUCAGUAUUGUUGUUGCAGAUGAAAUAUAACACAGAAAACGUGAUUAAAACAUGUUCCAGUGGCCUGGAUAUUAAUUAACAGUCAUACAAACAUCUUUACCGAAGCCUUUCUACUUGACGGUUGGUCUUGCGCGUCCGCCAUGUUUGUAGUUCAUUUACACUUUUCACCCGAGUUUUUAGUUCUAAUCGAAUUCACGUCCAACGCACAAUGUAUUGUGGGCAAUAUCAGCGGUUAGAGUAUGGACGCUUCUACACUUCGAGUUUUUACUGGAAAUAGUAGACCAUACGGGAACCUUUGACAUACUUUUAUCAACAUACUACAAUUUGGGACAUACUAAUUCUACUUUCAAAUACUAUUUAGGACGGACAGUAUGUGAAUUGGGACGCAGCACUUGAUUAGUUGGACCAGGUGUGUUUGAAUAUGUGUGGAGCAAAGCUGUGCAGAGCCCUCCAGGAAUUGAAACCUGUAGGACACGUCCUGCUGUAUUAUCAAACUUCUGAAUAUAUCUGUCUCUGUAUGAUUAAUCUGACCACUGUAAAGACCUUUUUGUAAUAAUCUUUGACUGUUUUUAAUACUAAAAUUGCCUACAAUGUAUGCUUUUGAAAUACGUUUAAUAAAUGUGUAUAUAUUUAUUUACAAA